AUGAUAACCGUAACAGAAGUGGAUAGUGAAGGUGUUGCACAAUAUCUUAAAAUGAAUCCAGACGUAUUAGAUGACUUCGUGGCAACUAAUAUUAGUCAAGGUCAAUUGGAAAAGUGGCUAAUGACUAAAACACGACGGCAACGUGCCAUGAGUGAUACGGAGUCAAUUGCAAGUGAUGGUGGUAAGUUCAAACUAAAUUCUUCUAUUUUAUUCUCUAAUCAUUCAGAUAAACGCAAGCUACUCCAAGAGUGGAUGUUGGAAAUCAACAAUAAACCUAAUCAGACUUUAAUACUUAGCGAGCUGAUCAAUUGUUUAUCUUCAGUAAUCCAGGUUGACGGCAAAUUGCUAUAUGUAAUCGAUACCUCAACUGAAUACCUGAUUGCUAUAUUCAUUUUCUGUAUCACAUCGGGACGUCAAGCUAUCGGAAUGGGAACAACAAUACCUGCAUAUGUUGCAACUUGCAAAGAAAGCAUCAGAUUAGAUGAUAUUUUAAUUGACGAACGUUUCCCGGAUGGUAUUGAAAAUACAGCACAAUCGAUUAUUUGUCAACCUGUCAUAAAGUCCAAUGGAGAAAUUAUUGCUGUAAUCCUUGUUUAUCGAACAGUUAAUAAUUCACAGUUCAAUAAAGAAGAUGAAGAGACGAUAAGUUCUUUCCUAUUAUGGGCUGGAGCUGCUCUUUAUUAUGCGGGGAUGUACCACAGUAUGGAAAAAGAACGCAAAUUGAAUGAAUUCUUAUUGACAAUGACAAAAUCAAUUUUUCAAGAUAUUGUUAGUAUGGAUACUGUUAUCACAAAAAUUAUGAAUUACGCUCAGAAGCUAGUGGAUGCGGAUAGAGCUUCGCUAUUUCUCGUUGAUAAUAAAAGUAACGAAUUGUAUGCUAGGAUUUUCGACGUAGGAAAUAACGAUAAUGAUGAUAAAGUUGAUAAAAAUAUCAAAGAGAUAAGAUUUCCAAUGUCAAAGGGUAUCGCUGGUUAUGUUGCUACAUCUGGAAAUGUACUCAACAUCAAAGAUGCUUACAAGGAUUCAAGAUUCAACAGAGAAAUUGAUAGUCAAACUGGCUACACUACGAAAACGAUUCUUUGUAUGCCUAUUUUCAUUCGCGGAAAUGUAAUUGGAGUGGUGCAAAUGGUAAAUAAGCGAUCAUCAGUCUUUACGCAGCAAGAUGAGCAAUCCUUUGAAACGUUUGCGGUCUAUUGUGGGUUAGCAUUACAUCAUGCUAAGUUAUACGACAAGAUACGCCGAUCAGAGCAAAAGUAUAAGGUUGCUUUGGAGGUACUAUCCUAUCAUAGUCAAUGCAGUCAUGACGAACUCCAUUCCUUACGAAAUGCUGACCCUGUAUAUGUCGCAAGUUUAGCACGAUAUGACUUUGAUGUUAAAAGGAUCACUGAUAAAGAUAUUCCUGGAUAUGUACUAUUCAUGUUUCGGGAUAUUUUUGCUCAGUUUAGAUAUGAUAUCGAGGAAUUAAUGAAAUUUACUUUAACAGUUCGUAAGAACUAUCGCAAAGUACCAUAUCAUAAUUGGUAUCACGCAUUUACCGUUGCCCAUACUAUGUACACAAUAAUCAAGAAAAAUCCUAACCUCUUCACUGAACUAGAGGCAAUAGGUUUAUAUGUUGCAUGCUUAUGCCAUGACUUAGAUCAUAGAGGCAGAAAUAAUGCCUUUAUGGUUAAUUCAUCCACGCCUUUGGCGGCUGUUUAUUCAACAUCAACCAUGGAACAUCAUCAUUUUAAUCAAACGAUAACAAUAUUACAGAACGAUGGACAUAAUAUCUUCUCUCAUCUAAAUUCUGAAGAAUACAAGACCGUCCUAGGGUAUAUCAAGCACGCUAUUUUAGCUACAGAUCUAGCAUUAUUUUUUGGUAACAAGUCGAAACUUAAGGCAAUUGUAGAUGCAGGAGAAUUUUCUUGGAAUAAUAGUAUACACAGGGCUUUGAUUCGGGCGAUUGCUGUUACGGCUUGUGAUAUAUCUAGUAAUGCUAAGCCAUGGGAUAUUAAUAAGGACACUGUUAAAGUUAUCUUUCAAGAAUUUUAUGCACAAGGUGAUGAAGAGAAGAGACAAGGACGUCAACCAAUUCCAAUGAUGGAUCGUGGUUUAGCUCAUGAACUCCCAGCGAACCAGGUUGGCUUUGUUGUCGGAAUUUGCCUGCCCUGCUAUGAACUGCUUGUUAAAGUGUUACCUGGUACGCAACCAAUGCUUGAUGGAAUUAGGUAA